CAGGAUAAAGAGAGUGAUUUAGCACUAAUCUGAUUAACACUCUGAGAAAUGUUCCCUCCAUUAGAGUCGCACUCAUGAUGAGCCUCGCAACGCUUUCACAGGUUUCAUCAACGUCAGAUUAGCCAGUAUGAAUUUUAACACGUUAUUGUGACGUCACACAGCAGCGAGAUGAAGACCAGGCCGACGGGUGACGCCAGCAAUGCGGACUGGAUGGGUUCCCUGUGUCCUUCACUCACCGCCAUGCCGCUCAAGUACCUCGCCGUGCCUGGCUCUCACGACUCGUUUAGCUUCUGGGUGGAUGAACAGGCUCCGGUCGGUCCCGAUCAGAAGGCGUUCGUCAAGCACCUAGCUUCAGUGUUCCGUCUGCUGGCCAAAAAAGUGAUGAAGAAAUGGUCCAUGACUCAGAAUCUGACCUUCAGGGAGCAGCUGGAAGGCGGCAUUCGCUACUUUGACCUCCGAGUCUCAUCUAAACCCGGAGAAACAGACCACGAGGUCUACUUCAUCCACGGCCUGUUUGGGCUCAGAGUGCGAGACGGACUCCAUGAUAUCAAUGCCUUCCUGAACGCUCACCGCAAAGAGGUCAUCUUCCUGGACUUCAACCAUCACUACGCCAUGGACGACAAGCACCAUCGCUAUCUCAUUAACAUGCUCAAGGAGGUUUUUGGAUCGAAGUUGUGCAAGAUCAACGUGGUGGAGGACAUCACGCUGGACUACCUGUGGGAGAAGAAGUACCAGGUCCUGGUGUUUUAUCAUCACCCGUCUGCUGAGAGCUGCCCGCUGAUGUGGCCUGGCAGUAAAAUCCCAGCGCCGUGGGCCAACACCACCGACACCACCAAACUCAUCCAGUUCCUGGAGACCACGCUGGGAGAGAGGGCCAAGUACGGCAGCUUCCACGUGUCCCAAGCCAUCCUCACUCCCCGCAUCAAGACCAUCAUCAAAGGCCUGGUCCAGGGGCUGCGCAACUACCUCGUCGAGAAGAACUUGCCGGUCAUCAUGGCAUGGGUGGAGGCGCAGAAACCAGGCGUGAGUGGUGUGAACAUCAUCACAUCAGACUUCGUAGAGCUGGUGGACUUCGCCAACACCGUCAUCAGACUCAACGACCUCCUCCUCCCACCAGACCAGUCAGUCACGUGACCUCUACAGCGCCCCGAGGACAUCACAACCAAAGUCACAAGACCACCAUGGAGUUUAGAAAUCACAUGACCAUCAUCAUCAUCAUCAUCAUCAUCAUCAUCAUCAUCCCCGACCUGCUGUUACCUUCAAAAUUAUUGGCACCCUUCAUUAGAAUGAGUGAAUGUAAAUAAGAUUAAUAUUAUUGAAACAUUUUUUUCUAAACUGGACCAUUUUAUUUAUUUUAAUGUUUUCAAAAUCAUCAGUAUGCUAAAUUUCUGCUGAUAAAAAAGAUUGUGAAUUUCUGAAAACAUGUGUUCAGUUGCAGCCCCACAGACAGAGGCCCGGGUUGGGCAAAGCCCUAGGAUGAAAAAAGGCCCUAUGUUGAGCAGAAGCCCUCUGCUGGGCACAACAUGCGUUUAAUCAUGUUGAGCUGAAGCCCUUGGUUGCUCAAAGCCUCACGUUGCACAGAAACCCCUGGCUGCGCAGAAGCCUACUGCUAAUCAAAGCCCUAUUUUGGGCAGAAGCCCCAUGUUGGGCAAAGCCUGUGGAUGGGCAAAGCCUGUGGAUGGGCAAAGGGGUCACUUCAUUUGUUUUUAAUAAUUUUAUGUUAAAAUGUCUGAAAGGGUGCCAAUAAUUUUGGAGUUGAUGGUAUAAAAUAGAUAUUAUUAUUAUUAUUAUUAUUAUUAUUAUUAUUAUUAUUAUUAUUAUUAUUAUUUAUUAAAUGUUUUUUUUUUCCAUUUUAACACUCAGAGUUAAUAAACUUAACGAGGUAAAACUAGGAAUGUUUCCUUGCACGCUCUAAUUCACACACAUAUUCAAAGAAUUUGCAUUUAGUUGUAAUUUUCAUUCCAUUUUUAGUCUCUGUGAGUAAACGUCUGCUCUCGGAUCGUGGAAAGUCGGGAAUGUUGGUGUAAAAGAUGGGUAUAGUUCUGUGGUUGGCGUCUCGAGCGUAUUUCUGCUGUAAUGUUGGGUUUCAGCUGAACACACACUCUCUCUAUCUCAGCAUCUCCGUCUAUUUCCUCUCCUUCCUCUCCGCCAGGCUGAUGGUUUGCACUUCAGGGCUCAGGUCAGGAACAAGCUCUCAAGUCUGAUCAGCUUUUAAAUAAAUUUCUUUCUGCUGGAAAUAAAGCACUUGUCUUGUCUGAGGAGCACAAAAAGACAAGGAAGGUGACAAAUUCAUAAUUAUGCCGAUUGCUUGAUUGUUUCUGCGGCCAUUUUGGGAUAUUUGCUGCAUAUUUGUUUAAGAGGUUUGCUUUAGCCAGAAGCCACAGUGACCACGAGAAGCCGUUUGUGCCAGACACAUCCUGACAAUGAUCAGUUUCUCCUUUUAGACUCUUCUCUUCUGAAGCUCUAUGUUUAGACGUUCGCUCCCUGUAUAAAGCAACAUACACACAUGAGGGUGGCUCAGAUUAGCGACUAACCUCGCUCUGUAACUGUCUGAUGUUUGUGCAGUCAAACGUAUGAUCCAGGGAACAGAGUUGGCCAUAAAAAGAGCUUAUUUAUGGUUUGUGCUUCAUCAGAAAUGCUUCUUAAAAUGAUCCAAAAGGAGCUUCUGAGUCUGGAAUGUUCCACAGAAGAGUAGGAAGAGCUUCCAUACGUUCCAUCAAACAAGUGUCCCAUAAAGGAUUUGCUGUUCAAGUUUUAUUUUAAUCCAGAUUAUUUUGCACCAUUUAAAACAUUGAAAUUAAAACCAUAACUACAUGCCAAUCUUAACAAGUAAUAUAGUUACACAGUAAUAUAGUUACACAGUAAUAUA